GGGGCGUGGCCGGAAGCGGAAGUAGCAACGCGGCGCCGGCGGGAGAUUCGGGCGCUGCCGGGCGAGCGGCUCCGGCCCGACCCGAUCCGGGGGGCCCGGAGCAUGGUGCAGAUCGUCAUCUCCAGCGGGGGUGCUGGGGGCCUGGCGCAGUGGGUGCUGGUGGAGCUGCAGGGUGAGGUUGAGCCCCGGCAGAGUGGCGAGCUGGCGGGGAGCCUCCUGGGAGACCUGCACUACACCCGUGAGGGGGUCCCCGUGCUCAUCGUGGGCCACCACAUCCUCUACGGGAAGGUGGUGCAGCUGGAGAAGCCCUUUGCCGUCCUGGUGAAGCGGGGAGCCGGCGAGCCCAGUCCCGCGGGGCUGCACGCCUGCUACACCGUCACCGCCCUCAUCAAAACCAAGCUCCUCUUCAAAACCCGCCCCAAACCCAUCAUCACCAACGUGCCCAAGAAAGUGUGAAGACUCGGGCCAGCAACUGUGAGCUCUGCUCUGCUGCCAGGCAGCCCUGGGCACUGUUGCCAGGGCUCAGGGAGAUCCAGGGCCAGCCCUGGCCUCAUCCCUGUCCCGUACGGAGGACUCCCAGGGCCACCUCGGGGUGCUGGGUCCUGCAUCUGGGUACCCAGAGCCCUUCCCAGGUCACCUGUGCCCCCUGUAACGACUUCAUUCCUGCGAGCUGCUGCGCUCUGGGGCACAAACGUGGCCACUGUCCCAGGCGAGAUGUGUCCUGGUGGGCAGUGACCUCCCCCCAAGCCCAGGCAGGGCUGUCUUUCCCAUACACCGCCCUUUCUCUGUGCAAGUCUUUAUUUUGACAAAUCCAUCAGGAUAUAAAAAACAGACUUUUCCAAAAUAUGAAAAAAACCCGCAGGUUAAAAAAUAAAUAGAUUUACAAACAAUUAGCAAUAAGUAUGAAUACCAAAGAGCUACAAAAGUCUCCUAAAAAACCUCAUAUUAAAUUAAACAAAACAAUCUAAAAGCUCAA